CUAUGAUGAUCCUCACAAGCCGGCUGCUUCUCCUGUGGUCCACAUCAGGGGUCUGAUUGAUGGCGUGGUGGAAGCUGAUCUGGUGGAGGCCUUGCAAGAAUUUGGCCCAAUCAGCUAUGUGGUGGUGAUGCCCAAAAAGAGGCAGGCUCUAGUAGAGUUUGAGGACAUACUAGGAGCGUGCAAUGCUGUGAAUUACGCAGCGGACAAUCAGAUCUACAUUGCUGGGCAUCCGGCCUUCGUCAACUAUUCUACCAGCCAGAAGAUCUCGCGGCCCGGUGACUCGGAUGAUUCUCGAGGAGUCAACAACGUCUUGCUCUUCACCAUUCUGAACCCCAUCUACUCCAUUACCACGGAUGUCCUGUAUACCAUCUGCAACCCGUGUGGUCCAGUUCAGCGCAUCGUUAUCUUUAGAAAAAAUGGCGUCCAAGCUAUGGUGGAAUUUGACUCUGUGCAAAGCGCUCAGAGAGCAAAAGCUUCUUUGAACGGGGCCGACAUUUACUCCGGCUGCUGUACUCUGAAGAUUGAAUACGCCAAGCCCACUCGCUUGAACGUCUUCAAGAAUGACCAGGACACCUGGGACUACACCAACCCUAACCUCAGCGGGCAAGGGGAGCCCGGCGGGAAUCCGAACAAGCGCCAGAGGCAGCCUCCUCUCCUCGGGGACCAUCCUGCUGAAUACGGAGGGCCUCACGGGGGCUACCACAGCCACUACCACGACGAAGGCUACGGCCCUCCUCCUCCUCAUUACGAAGGGAGGCGGAUGGGUCCGCCCGUGGGAGGCCGUCACCGAGGACCCAGCCGCUACGGGCCUCAGUACGGGCACCCCCCGCCUCCGCCGCCCCCUCCGGAGUACGGCCCCCACGCCGACAGCCCCGUUUUGAUGGUCUACGGCCUGGACCAGUCUAAGAUGAACUGCGACCGUGUUUUCAACGUCUUCUGCCUCUAUGGAAACGUGGAGAAGGUGAAGUUCAUGAAAAGCAAGCCUGGGGCAGCCAUGGUGGAGAUGGCCGACGGCUACGCGGUGGACCGAGCCAUCACCCACCUCAACAACAACUUCAUGUUUGAUCAGAAGUUGAAUGUGUGCGUGUCAAAGCAACAGGCCAUCAUGCCUGGCCAGUCCUACGGUCUCGAGGACGGCUCCUGCAGCUACAAAGAUUUCAGCGGCUCCCGGAACAAUCGGUUCUCCACCCCGGAGCAAGCCGCCAAGAACCGAAUCCAGCAUCCCAGCAACGUGCUCCAUUUCUUCAACGCACCUCUGGAAGUGACGGAAGAUAACUUCUACGAGAUUUGCGAUGAGCUGGGGGUAAAGAGACCGGCUUCUGUCAAGGUGUUUUCAGGAAAGAGUGAACGGAGCUCGUCGGGGCUGCUGGAGUGGGAAACCAAAGGGGACGCGCUGGAGACGCUGGCUUUCCUCAACCAUUAUCAGAUGAAAAACCCAAAUGGGCCAUACCCCUACACACUCAAACUCUGCUUCUCAACCGCCCAGCACGCUUCCUAAUUGCUCUUCGGUUCCCGACCAAGAAGACUGCUCCGUUAACUUUCUUGUGUGUGGUUUUUUUUUUUUUUUUUUGGUUUUUUUUUUGGGCAAAGCUCCC